UAGACAUUGGACUCCACACCUCCAAGCGCGACCCUUCCCUCCCUCCCCCGCAGGCGUGUCGCUGUCGUGACUCUUCUUCUCCCAGACAGGCGACAAAGUGUGUUCAGUCUUCUUGUGUUUACCGGGUUGUUUGUGAGGGAUUCCCGGCCCUCCUUGUGUUUACCUGAUAAUAAAACUUGCCUUUUCGCUCUCUCUCUCAAAAAAAAAAAAAAAAAAAAGUGUGCUCAGUCUUCUUAGACAUGGCGAGUCGAUCGGUGACGGAAGAAGAGGACGCUAGCGAGCUCAAGCUCGGUGAAGAGUUUCAACGAGCCAAGUGCCUUAUGAACGCUGAGGUGGUCACUAUUCUGGAACAUAAGGUCAGGCAGCUGCAGGAGAUCCUCGGGGAAGAUGAUCCAACGGCAACCCAGAUUUCCAAUGUUUUCGACAAAUCUCUGGCAUAUGUGAAGCGUUUCAGCCACUACAGGAAUCCAGAGGCAGUCAAGCAAGUUCGAGAAUCGUUAAGUAGAAGGGGACUUGCAGAAUUUGAGAUUUGUGUAAUAGGAAAUCUUGUUCCAGAUACUGUGGAGGAGGCAAAGACUCUGGUCCCCACCCUCGCGCAAGAAGGGCGCUUCGACGAUGAUGCCAUAGAGAGCAUUGUGAGGGAGAUAGACAAUCUGAAGAAGUUUGAGUAAAUGAUGGGUCAUGGGAAGGCAGUCUCAUUUUUCGACCAACUUAGUUGGAGGAAGCGAACACCUUCAAGCGCAACAUACAAGACGGACAAGCAUCACAGGAACCCGAAGAAAUAACACGCGGAGAAGCCAAGUCGUUGGAGCCACAGGCGAAGGUCACAAUCGGAGAACGUGUAUGCUCUCCCCACUGCAUAGAGCUGAACGCUCCGAAGCGGGAAAUGGGCACGACAGCGCUUCCCCUGCCAUCGCCGCCGACCUGAAAUGCCAGAUCAUAGCGCAGUCGCUGCAGUGAAAGAAGCAUCUCGGAGUCUUUAAACCACCAGUACUUGGCCCAGCUAUCAGCCGGGGGGGGGGGGGAAACAUAGAGUAGAAACAUUUCUAGUCGGAUGAAUUUGGGCGCUCCUGUAGUGGCGCGUACGUUUCCUAAAAUAAAAUUGUGGCUUGUUA